GAUGGUGUCACUUCACCUUGCCCUUAAAAUCAUAUAAUUUUAAUUAUAUAAUUAUCUAUUGGGCAAGUAUGCGAAAGGUAGUUCCUAAUGAGAAGACCCGAACGAAAAGUGUUGUAGCACCUGCACAUUGGGGAUUUUCAACAAUGAGACCUGGAGACUAUAUUAUGACCAGCAAGAUAUUGGAUUUAACCAGAUUUCAAGAUACGGUGUGAAAAUAACCAUUUGUUGAAAUAAGGAAGGGUCAAAGAUAAACAGUUAAUAUUAUAAGUUAUUUUAACAUAAUGAGGUUUAUUGUGCUCUCCUGUAUUGUGGUUGCUGUAUCAGCUCGUGCUGUUACACAAAAUGAAGGACAAUGUCCACCAUCCAGUGGAAUGGCGGGAAUCUGUGUUUUCAGACCAGGAUACAAUUGUUUAGCAGAUUCAGAAUGUCAAUCAGAUCAUAAAUGCUGCUCUGAAGGAUGUGGUCGUGUCUGUAAAUUAGCCAUGACAAAACAAGAAGCUGCUCCUGUUGUGAAAGAAAAAGAAGGACAAUGUCCACCACCCAGUGGAAUGGUGGGAUUCUGUGUUUUUAGACCAGGAUACAAUUGUUUAUCAGAUUCAGAAUGUCAAUCAGGUCAUAAAUGCUGCUCUGAAGGAUGUGGUCGUGUCUGUAAAUUAGCCAUGACAUAACAAAAUGUUGCUUCCACCAUCCCGGCUAAUUAAUCAAGCUGUUGAUAAAGAAAAUCCAUGAAAACAUGU